GCUAAAGAACAUGAAGAGAAAGCACUUGCCAUCGCGCUAGAAACUGGCAACAGACAAGACGAAGGAAGAACGUACGAGAUACUCGGAUCUUUGUUUACAAACCUUGGCGAAUAUCAGCAGGCUAAGGAAUAUCAAGAGAAAUCACUUGCCAUUGCGAUAGAAACUGGCCACAGACAAACAGAAGGAGAAGCGUACGCGAGCCUAGGAAAUGUGUUUGGUUUACUUGGCGAACGUCAGAAGGCUUUAGAAUAUCAAGAGAAAGCACUUGCCAUCGCGAUAGAGAUUGGCAACAGAAAAGCAGAAGGAAAGGGGUACUUUGGCCUUGGAUCUCUGUUUUCUUCCCUUGGCGAAAAUCAGAAUGCCAAAGAAUACUACGAGAAAUCACUUGCCAUUGCGAUAAAAAUUGGCGACAGACAAGGAGAAGGAAGAACAUACGGGAACCUCGGAGCUGUGUUAUAUUCCCUUAGCGAAUAUCAGAAGGCUAAAGAAUAUCAAGAGAAAGCACUUGCUAUCGCUAUAGAGAUUGGCGACAAAUAUGCAGAAGGUGUGAGAUACGGGGACCUCGGAUGUUUGUUUUCUUCCCUUGGCGAACAUCAGAAGGCUAACGAAUAUCACUUGAAAGCACUUGCCAUCGCGAUAGAAAUUGGCAGUAGAGCAAGAGAAUGUCGCGAAUACGAUAGUCUUGGAUCUAAUUAUUUUAGCCUUGGAAAAAAUCUGCCAGCUAAAGAAUAUUUUGAAAAAGCAGUCGACGUCAGUAUAGCAAUUGGUCACCGAGAGUUAGAAGCUUCUGCUCUUACCGGUUUAGCAAGUGUUUUUGCUUCUGUCAAUGAAAAUCUGAAAGCCAAAGAACAUU